GCUGCCGGCCCGGGCACAUCCCCGGCGCCACAGCCGUCUGCCGCGCUGGUGGCGGGGAAGCCGCUGGAGCUGGGUGGCGCGCUCCUUGCGGAGCAGGCGGGCUCCCGCGCGGACGUGACGGCGCAAUGGGCCGCGGCCCUCGAGGCGUUUGCGGGCGUCACGGGGGCCUACUGCGUGGGGCGCGCGCUG